CUCUGCGGGUUUCCGUUGUUUCAGGAAGUGCUGGUGUUUGAUGGUGCAGUGUGUUUCUGCUCCACCGUCACAUCAGGAGAGUCUAGUGUUUCCCGUGGACUGUUACAGGUGCUAAAGAUGUCCGGAGGAACCCGUCUGGAGAACGCGAACCCGGUGAUCUUCCAGCGGUCCGGUGAGAGGCUGCUGACGGCCACAGAGGAGGAUGAAGACGUUCAUGACCCGAUCGAUGACCGAGAAAUAUUCGAUCUGAUCAGAUCCAUCAACGACCCGGAGCAUCCUCUGUCUCUGGAGGAACUCAACGUGGUGGAGCAAGUCCGAGUGAAGGUGAAUGAUGCAGAGAGCACCGUGAGUAUCGAGUUCACACCCACCAUCCCCCACUGCAGCAUGGCUACACUCAUUGGUCUGUCAAUCAAAGUCAAGCUGCUGCGCUCCCUGCCGGACAGGUUCAAGAUCGAUGUCCACAUCACACCUGGCUCUCACGCCUCAGAGGACGCAGUGAACAAACAGCUGGCGGACAAAGAGCGAGUCGCGGCGGCUCUGGAGAACUCGUCACUGCUGGAGGUGGUCAACCAGUGUCUGUCCACCAGGAACAACUGAGCAGCCAAUCAGCGUUGGUUUUUUCUUUCAUGCCUGAGGUGUGUCCGUCUGCUGAGCUCCCUCCAUCACCGCUCCAGGAGUGAAUACCUGCAGCAGGUGUUCUCCUGGAGAACAAGCAGAGGGAAGCUAAACGCUUCAAAGUUUCCACACAGAGAAAAGAUAUCUGAGCUCAUCAGUGUUUUAAAUGAUUCAAUCUGUAUUGUAAGAUAUUCAUGAGUCAUGACUCAGCACAUGCUCAGAGUCAGCCAUGAUCCCUCCUGUAGAGAAAAUGAAGGCUUUUGAUGUUUUAUUAAAAAUGUACAGAUCAUUAAUAAAAACAAAUAAAGACA